UAAAAUAUUUAUUCUCAGAGACCUUAUUUAUUAAAUCCCUCCAAUUCUUUCGUUUCAUAAUUUCUCCCUUCUGCUCUAUACAGGAAAACUGACUUGAAUCUUCCAUCGAAUACUAACAAACCCAAGAAUCAAAAUGUGACGAAGCCACGUCUAUUAACUUUUCCUUAAUCUUCAGCUCCUCAAAUUAACUUUUAAUUUUAUUUCGUUUUCCCUAAAUUUGUAUUUCCAUAAGUGAUUAACCUCACAAUCGUAGCGUUGCUUCAAGAGUUAUAUUCUUCAUAUAUAAUCGACUGUAUCUGAGGCAUGUGUGGGGGUGCUUUUUGUAUGAGGAGAACCAAAAGUUUUUUUUUUUUGAAGGCUGUGCCAAAGGUAUGGACUAUUGGAAGCAUGCAUCUUUUGCUGGAGUUUCCCCUCUUAGUAAAGCACCUUUGAAUUUUUCGAACACAGCACAGAAGAUGGCUCAGUCAGAUAAACAAGAUAGAGUCACUACUCAGGCUGUUGAGACUGAAGUAGCUAUGGACUUUAGAGAAGUUUACUUUCUGAUCAUGCAUUUUCUAUCGUCUGGGCCAUGCCAGAAGACUUUGGGACAAUUCUGGAAUGAGCUUCUGGAGCAUCAGCUUCUACCUAGAAGAUAUCAUGCUUGGUUUUCAAGGAGUGGAGGACAUAGCGGGAAUGAUAAUGACGAUGGCAUCUCUUUUCCUUUAAGUUAUAGUAAAUUAGUGGAGAGGUAUUCUCAUAUAGAAAAGGAUCACUUGGUAAAGCUUCUAAGGCAGCUGAUAUCAUAUAAAGCCUCUCCUUUGAAUGGCAGGAUUGGAGGAAAUGCCCCAAAUGCUGCUGAUGUUCCUACAUUAUUGGGAUCUGGUUCCUUUUCACUUCUAGAACGUGAUGAAAAUAUGGAAUAUAAGCAAGUUAAUCCUCUGCCAGCUUACCUACGUUGGCCCCAUAUGCAGGCUGACCAGGUUCGGGGUCUAAGUUUAAGGGAAAUUGGGGGUGGUUUCCCAAAGCACCAUCGUGCUCCGUCAAGUCGCUCUGCAUGUUAUGCUAUUGCUAAACCAUCAACCAUGGUGCAAAAGAUGCAAAAUAUGAAGAAGCUUAGGGGUCACCGGGAUGCUGUCUAUUGUGCCAUAUUUGAUCGCUCUGGAAGAUAUGUUAUUACUGGCUCAGAUGACCGUCUUGUCAAAAUUUGGUCAAUGGAAACUGCAUUCUGCUUGGCCAGCUGUCGUGGACAUGAAGGUGACAUAACGGACUUGGCUGUGAGUUCAAAUAAUGCUUUGGUGGCAUCAGCUUCAAAUGAUUUUGUUAUUCGAGUUUGGCGGUUGCCAGAUGGGUUACCAAUUUCAGUUUUGCGGGGACAUACAGGAGCUGUUACUGCCAUUGCAUUUAGUCCAAGGCCUAGUGCUAUAUAUCAACUUUUAUCGUCAUCAGAUGAUGGAACUUGUCGAAUCUGGGAUGCUCGAUAUUCCCAUUGUAGUCCACGAACAUACGUGCCUAAGCCUUCCGAUGCCGUUUCUGGUAAAAGCAAUGCUCCAUCUAGUAAUGGUCCCUCAUCAAGUAGUAUUCCACAAAGUCACCAGAUACUAUGCUGUGCUUAUAAUGCCAAUGGAACUGUUUUUGUGACGGGUAGCUCUGACACUUUUGCAAGGGUCUGGAGUGCCUGUAAAUCAAACACAGAUGAAUUGGAACAACCAAUCCAUGAGUUGGAUGUCUUGUCUGGGCAUGAAAAUGAUGUCAACUAUGUCCAAUUUAGUGGCUGUGCUGUGGCUUCAAGAUCUUCAAUUUCUGAUGCUUUGAAGGAGGAGAAUGUUCCAAAAUUUAAGAACUCCUGGUUCUGUCAUGAUAACAUUGUUACCUGUUCUCGUGAUGGUAGUGCAAUUAUUUGGAUACCAAGAUCACGUAGAUCCCAUGGAAAAGUUGGACGUUGGACUCGUGCAUAUCAUUUGAAAGUUCCAGCCCCUCCACUACCUCCUCAACCUCCUCGAGGAGGCCCUCGUCAAAGACUUCUUCCAACUCCUCGGGGUGUUAACAUGAUUGUGUGGAGCUUGGAUAAUCGCUUUGUUCUUGCAGCUAUCAUGGAUUGCCGAAUAUGUGUAUGGAACGCUGUUGAUGGUAGCUUGGUACAUUCUUUGACUGGUCAUAAUGCAUCUUCUUUUGUCUUGGAUGUUCAUCCUUUUAACCCUAGGAUUGCCAUGAGUGCUGGGUAUGAUGGCAGAACAAUAGUUUGGGAUAUAUGGGAGGGCACACCUAUAAGGACAUAUGAAAUAGGACGUUUCAAGUUGGUUGACGGGAAGUUUUCUCCGGAUGGGACAUCAAUUGUACUUUCAGAUGAUGUUGGCCAGAUAUAUCUGCUAAAUACUGGUCAGGGUGAGUCUCAAAAGGAUGCCAAAUAUGAUCAGUUCUUCCUUGGUGAUUAUAGACCCCUUAUUCGAGAUAGUCUUGGAAAUGUUCUUGAUCAGGAGACACAGCUUGCUCCACAUAGAAGAAACAUUCAAGAUCCUCUUUGUGAUUCAAGUAUGAUUCCAUAUCAAGAACCUUACCAGAGUAUGUACCAGCAACGUCGACUUGGUGCUCUGGGUGUUGAGUGGCGACCUUCAUCCAUAAAAUUAGCUGUUGGACCAGAUUUUAGUUUAGGCCAAGAAUAUGCAAUGCCUCCCUUGGAAGAUUUGGAGAGAAUGAUGGAGCCAGUACCUGAGUUCAUAGAUCCUCUCUACUGGGAACCAGAAAUUGACAUAGUAAGUGAUGACACUGAUUCAGAGUACAAUAUUGCAGAGGAAUGUUCCAGUGAAGGUGAGCAAGGAAGUUUGUGUUCCAAUUCAUCUAGUCUUCCAGAGUGUAGUGCAGAAGAUAGUGAGGUUGAAUGCGAUCAGCUAGACAGAUUUCGCAGAUCAAGAAGAAGAAAACACAAGAAUGAAGCUGAGUUAAAGACUGCAUCUGGCAGGCGUGUCAAAAAGAGGGAUUUGGAUGAGCGUGAUGGACCUGUUUCUGGGAGUAACAAGGCUAAGAAAUCAAAAAGUAGCCAGAAAGCUUUAAAGAGAAAGUCCUCUAAAACAAAGACAAUGCGACCUCAGCGAGUUGCUGCACGCAAUGCCCGAAGUAUGUUCUCUAGAAUUUCUGGAACUUCAAGUGGUGAAGACGAUUCAGAUACAGAAUAUGAAUCGUCAAACAGUGAUUUAGUGCUGCAAGAUUCACACAUUCAAAGUGAAGAAGCUGAUAGAAAGUUGCAGAUCAUGCGACAGCAACGGAAGAAGGAGAAAGAGCAAACAAUUGUGGAGUCUGCAUAUAUAUCCAAGUCAUUUGAAGUCCCUGAACCUCAGUCAAAUAAUGGGAACCGCAAGAGAUUGGUCUUGAAAUUUUCUUUACGGGACUCUAAGAAGCCUUUGCCUUCUGAAAGUACCAGCGUAACCGGUGAGAAUCAGGUGAAGUUUGUGCAUCCAUCAUCAAGACCUUCUGAAGAAAUUACUGAAGAUGGAAAAAUUGGUACAAGCACGAAAGAUCUUCUGUCAACUUCCGCAGGUGGGAUUGAUGCUGAGAUGUCCCCAAGUCUCAAGAGAAUUGAUUUUACCAAUGAAAUGAAAGGUGAAAAGCAUGAUUAUCAUCUGGGAAAUUCUCCAGGUGAUGAGCAGAACAAAAUCAGGUGGGGAGAGGUGAAGAUCCGCACAUCCAAACGUUUAACUCUGGGAGUAGUGAUGCCAAUUGAUACAUCCAAUGGACUUGAUGCAGAGUUUGAUGGCUGUAAGAAGAGCAGAAGUGAUAUUGAUGGGUAUGAGGAAAAAAUUGGAAGUGAUGCUUUGCUGAAUCUGGAUAGUAUGAGAAAUGAAGAGAUUGCUGCUGGCAAGGAUGAUAAAGAAUCUUCGUCAUUUGACUCUUUACCCCAGGUUGAUCACCCACAGAAAGUUGAUGCUUUUACAGCUUCUUAUAUUGGAGAUGGCACAAACUCUCCUAAUGAACUCAAAGAAAAUCCAUCAUUCAAGGUAAGAAUUAAAACAAAAGGGAUUUUGAGGGAUCCUAAAAGUCCUUCAAAACAAAAAAUCAUCACUGCAGUUGAGGACCUGCCUAGUGCUGAAGGUGAUUUGAUAUCUGAAAGUCCCUUUUGCAUGGAGCAGAAUCCAGCUUCUGGAGUACCACCAGAGGGUAAAGGUUCUGGUACAUCAAGUUCUGACCAGUUACCGGGUACAAAUUUGAAGUUUAAGAUAUAUGAUGGGAGUAAGAGGGAGAGGGAAAGUUUUUAUAAGCCUAGAAUUGUUUCGGAGAAUUUUGAUGGUGGUAUUGAAGAAAAUAUUUCAGAUGCCAUACACUAUAAUGAUUCAAGAAAUGAUUUUGCAAAACUGACAACUGAUUCAUCACACAGAACAAGAUCCAUGAGGACAAAGGCAACUCCACAGGAGCAAAGUUCUGUUAACCAUAAUGUGAGAUUCAGAUUUGGGCAUGAAUUGGUUGGGACAUCAAAAUUUGUAGGAAACUCCUCCAUGGAAGCAGGUGAUGAUUUUGUAGCUGGAGAAUCGAUGCCGACUUCAAAUGUGACAUUGAGAUUAAGGUCUAGUAAAAACAAGAAGGGUGAACUUUUUGAUGAAAGUCCACAACUGUCGUCUGAAAUAAAGUCAAAAUUCCCUAUUAGAAAAUUGUCAUGGUUGAUGUUGUCAGAGCAUGAGGUGAGUUAUCGGUACAUCCCUCAGCUAGGCGAUGAUGUUGUAUAUUUGAGACAGGGCCAUCAAGAAUUUACUGAAUCAACUGGCUCACGUGAAGCAGGUCCUUGGAAGUCAAUUAAGGGAUACAUACGUGCAGUGGAACUUUGCAAGGUUGAAAACCUUGUCUAUGCUACAUUUCCUGGUUCUGGAGAAUGCUGCUGCAAACUCACCCUUAAAUUUGUUGAUCCUUCAUCUGCUGUGUUUGGUAAAACAUUCAAGUUGACCCUGCCGGAAUUGAUAGAUUUUCCUGAUUUUGUUGUUGAGAAAACACGGUAUGAUGCUGCUGUCAGCAGAAAUUGGACGGUAAGGGAUAAAUGCAGUGUUUGGUGGAGAAAUGCAAAUGGGGAUGGUGGUACUUGGUGGAAAGGUAGAAUUGUUUCUUCACAGGCCAAAUCUGAUGAUUUCCCUCAUAGUCCAUGGGAAACAUAUGUGAUUCAGUACAAGACUGGAGAUAACCAUCGGCACAGUCCUUGGGAACUGCAUGAGCCUAAGAUUCCAUGGCAACAUCCUCAAAUUGAUUUUGACAGUAGAGAUAAGCUGCUAUCGUCUUUUUCUAAAUUAGAGCAGUCAGUGAACAGAAAUCAGGAUUACUAUGGUAUUCAGAGAUUGAAUGAAGCUGCUCAGAAGUUAGAUUUCUUGAACAGGUUUCCGGUGCCAUUAUAUCCUGAAGUGAUCCGAUUGAGAUUAGAGAACAACUAUUAUCGGAACUUAGAAGCUGUGAAAGAUGACAUUAAGGUCAUGCUGUCAAAUGCUGAAUCUUAUUUUGUGAAAAAUGCUGGGUUAUUAGCCAAGAUAGACCGCCUAUCCAAUUGGUUUUCAAGGACACUGUCAAAAUUGUAGAAAGUUGUAACAUAAAAUAUAUUUUAGUGUUAGUUUUUGCUUUAUUUAUUUCAUCCAGCCAAUUUUGUACGUUUUACCCUUUAGGUGGUCGUGAAAUGAGGAAUGAGAUUUGUCUGAGAGAGGUUAUUGAAAUUACAUGUACCCAUCCCUGCAAUUUUGAUGUUCAAACCCAUCUUUGGUGUUGGCAGAGAAGAAGAUUGACCUGUUUUGAUUUUA